GUUUUACUUAUCGUUAGGCUUUGAUGAAAAACGUGACGAAUGCUAUGAAGGAGACGAGGAUCCCUGAUUUAUUGACAUCGCUAAAUGCAUUGCAAUAUAGGAGAAUGGAUUUUGAGGAGUUUUGUGCUGCUACGUUAAGUAUCCAUCAACUCGAGGCUCUUGAUAGGUGGGAGCAACAUGCACGGUGUGCUUAUGAUCUGUUCGAGAAGGACGGAAACAGAGCUAUUGUUAUAGAGGAACUGGCAUCGGAACUUGGCCUCAGCCCGUCAGUACCUGUUCAUGCCGUUCUUCACGAUUGGAUUAGACAUACCGACGGAAAAUUGAGCUUCCUCGGGUUUGUCAAACUGUUACACGGACCUUCUAGUCGAACUUUGGCCAAACCAUUGUAAGCUUUAUAACUCAAAUGUUGAAGAUUUGUCAAAAGUAUUGAGUGUGAUAAUUGAAUCAAAUGGCUGAGUUGAGAAAUAGUUCGAUUUCCAUUCAGCCCGAGUUGUGGAUACUCGAAACAGGGACAAUGAUCCAGUGGAAUGAAAAUGCAGGUGUUGGAGUAGUAGGAGUAGGAGUUAUCUCACUGUAUUUGUAUAGGAUUGAGUCAAAAGUGUUGUGUUGAAGUGCAAGUGAAGAUAAUCAUCCAAGGUUUUGAGAGGGUGGCACUUGCAUUUCCAGAGGUUUGAACUUCUGGAUUGUAAUUGUGAGGUUUCUUACGAGGAGUGUCUUCAUC